UGGUCCCGGGAGUGCUGAACCAAGUAUACGCUCUCUGCAGCUCCACCUUCGACAUCGCCAACGUCUACAGUUUCGACGCCGCCGAAGACGGAGCCAAGCCGGACACGCCCGUCAUCUGCGGCCUGUCCUACCUCGUGCCCUUCGAUCUUGCCAACCUAGGCAGGGAGACACAAGUUGUAGACAUAUGGGAGAGCUUCUCAUUCUUCCUUGUAAGUGUGGUGAUAACCUGGACGGCCUUAGUGCUUCCAGUUGCCCUCUUGACACAGGGUUUCAUAGGAGCCCCUGAUCAUACUAUAAAUAAAAGAAAAAAGCGAAGUUUACACAUGCGGGAGAUCUUACAGCUGGGAAUGGCAGAAAGUUGGGAGUGGGAAAAAGCUCUUCGUCAAAUCUCCCUUGAUGAUCUCCUAAUGCUCCUUGAACUACCAGAGUAUGAGUGCCGAAGUAGAGCCUUUUGUGAAUUUCACAAAUUUCUCACUUUGCUACCCCCUUCUGUAAUGACACUGUACAACAUGAUAAGCCCCCAUAUAAGUGGCAUGAAAAAGUACCGCAAGAGUAUCAUGACUGGAUUGGGAAGAGGAGACUGUAGUUGGAUACACAAGGGAUGCCCACUUGCACCUCUCGAGUUCAUAAACAGAAUAAAAACUCUCAAGAAAAAAUAAUGCUAGUCAAGCACCUGUUCAAAAAGAAUAAAUUAAUAAAUUGUAUUGCAUUUUGCUAGGGCAUUAUCUGCACAUGUUCAUAACUACAUGAUUACACAAGCUUAAUUAUUUAGCAAAAUAUAUGUAUUCACGAAAGUUUUAAACAUAUUUAAUUUUUAAUACAUUUUAAAGUCAGUUACAUUGUCAAUUUUUUAUAAGUAAAAGAAAUUAACCAUGUAAUAGUAUGGCAUUUUAAUAUUUCAUAAAAAAUACAUAUACAGGUAGGUCAAGAUGAAGGUAUAGGAUUGAUAUGUUUUUGAGGUGACACAUUUUGUAAAAGACUGUAUCAGUCUUCAUGGAACAUACAUAUUAACACUACAAAUAAUGUUUGAAAAAUAAAUGAUUUUCUUUUAAAUGACUGUCUAUGUAGAAAGAAACAUUACACAAGGUAAUUAAAUGGCCCAAAAAAUUAUGAACAUGAAAUCUGCAUAAGAAACAAGUAUAAAGAAGUGUUAUUAACCCAACUAAGAAAGAGUGAGAAGAAAGUUUGACACAAACUGGAGGUAAGUAAAGUUAAGAAUUGUUUUGUUUCAGGUUAAUCUGAUUUUCUUAAGACAAUAUUCUAAUGUAAAUGUAAUGUAAUGCUUCUUUUUAAUGUAAUUCAAAUUAUCAACAUUGAAUGAUUGCUAGAUCAAUUACACAUCAUAGUACUAAACAAACACUUAAUCUAACAUAUUUCAAUUCACACAAGACAAGGAGUCAUACUUUUGGAUUGUAUUGAAAAUAAAGUCAAAGUUAAAAACAUUACUGUCACCUCCUGGCAGCCUGUGAGGAAAAACAUUCACUGACAAAAUUAAAAUCAAAAGCUCUUGACAUAACAUCUGCUGGUUACUCAUUGAUAUUAUAUUUCCAAAAUUUUAUAUCCAAAAUAUUUAAUAUUAUCUUAGUGACUCAGUAAUAUCCUUGGUUUAGUACUUCAGUAAGUAUUCACUCUCAGUCCUAACAAAAGAGAUUCAGAUUGUGUUAUAGGCAAGCAUGUAGUAAACAAUUUUUUUUUU